AUGCCGGCCUGCUCGUCCCGCGCCGCUGCCGCCCUCGCCUCCGCCGCUCCCGCGUACGUGGACCCGCGCGUUCAAUGUCACCUGACCCGCGCAUGUCGCAAGAGGCACGGACUGCCCCUCCGCCGCUCCUUUUGGCUGCUACGCGCGGUCGUGUGCAUGUUACGGCGUACCUCCGCGUUCUGCCGUUUCCCUUCGUUCUCACGCUCCCUUCUCCCUUCGUUCCGCUCUCCCAUUCCUGUCCGCGCUGCCUCCCGCUCAACCCUCCCUCUCCCCCACCCCGCGCAUCCCCACUCUCCCCCCGCCCGCGCCAGCAGCGCAUUGGCGGCGGGUGACGAUCGCAGCGCGUGCGCGGCGGAGCUGCUGCGAUUCCUGGAGGAGGUGAGCGCGGAGGGGUCACGGGGCGGGGACGUGUUCGACUUCCCCUUCUCCGCGCGCCUGCCCUCCCCCCUCCUGCUGCCGCUCUCCCCCGCCUCCUCCCCUUCCCCCUCCCCCCCACCGUCUGCGCCCACCAGAGUCGACCUUCCGCCUUGCUCCAGCCCUGCCGCGGAGCAUGUGAGGGAGGAGGGUGGGGAGGAUGAGAGACAGGAUGGUGGGAGCGAAGCAGUGACACAUGACGAUAGGGUGGUGGUAGAGGGAAGGGCGGUGCGGGAGCAACAGGGGGGGGAGGACGGGAAUGGUCGAGGAGGAGGCGAGGGGGAGGGGGAGGGGGGGGAGGAGGAGGAAAGGGGGAGAUGGACUGCUUGUGAGAUGGAUGCUGACGGAGGAGCUUUGAGUCUAGCUGACGUCGUGUGUAUGGAUACAGACGAUGACACCUGCACCGCAGCAGACCAGUCGCAACACGUCUGCACCGCCACAGACACAACAAAUCCCCCUCCCAGCGCGGGCGCGGGCACGGGUGAGGAGGAGGAGGAGGGGGGUGACGGCGAGUGUGUGGUGGUGACGCUGCAGGUCACCCUCCCCGCCAGCCCCCCUGGUGGUUCCGCUGGGGGAGAGCUGGGGGAGGGGGAGCGGGAACAGGGGGGCGGAGGGGGGACGGGUGGAAGCAGGGGUGGCGGGGAGGGAGCGGAGGAGGUGAGGGGUCAAGGGGAGGGAGGGGGGGAUGGGUGGCGGUCGGGCGUUGGCGGGAUGGAGCGAGGGAGGAAGAGGGGGAGGGAGGAGGAGGGGGCGGAGGGCGAGAGCAGCCGCACGUACGAGGCGGGGCGUGCCCACUCACAAGCACACGCGCUGCCUGCUGGAGAGGCGGGUGGCACAUCAGAAAUCCACAGGGAGAUGGGAGCUGGCACUGGUGGUGCCGGCAGUGGCAAUGGUGGGGGCAGCGGCGGUGGUAGCGGGAGCGGUAGUGGUGGUGGGAGCGGCAGGGGUAGGGCAGGAGGGGGAGGCGGGCAGGGUAGCAGCGAGGGGGGGGGAAGGGCAAGCAGCUUCAGCGGGCAUGAGUGGCAGGCAGGGCAACUGCAGCAGCGCCACGCGCCUACAGCAUCCAGAGACCCUCUCGGGCUGCUGCUCACAGAGCAGCGUGCCCCUCCACCCACCCCCCACGCGCCCCUGUCGCACGUGCCCGUGCCCAUCCCCAUGCCCGACCCCUCCUCUGUGCCCAUCCCCACCGUCUCCUCCUCCUCCGCCCUCGCAGCCUCGCCCUCCGCCCUCGCCCCCUCGCUGCCCUCCCUGCCCUCGUUGCCCUCCCUCGCCUCGCUCUCCUCUCUCCUGCCUGAUGCUCUGGAGGGAGCGCGGUCAGAUGCGUGGGGGGAAGGGGGCGGGGCUGGGGGGAGUGGCGGUGGAAGGGGAGGAGAGGCCGUGGCAGGGGCAGGAGGAGGAGAGGGCGAGGGGGGCCGUGGGGGAGCGGGAGUGGCUGGGCGGGCAGCAGCAGGCGGGGCAGGGUGGAGUGGGUGGGGCGGCGGGGGAGGAGGGGCGGAAGGGGGUGCAGCAGCAGGGGGGGGCGUGGGGAGGGGCGGGGAGGCGGGGGAGUGGGUGGCGAGGCAUGUGUGGGAGGGGAGGCGGGCGGAGGAGGAGGAGGGGCGGAGGCGGGGCGUGGCAGCAGCAGCAGCGAGGGCGCAUGAGGAGUGCGUGCUGGAGGAGGCUGAUGGCAUCUGGGUGAGUGGGGGGGCAGUGUGUGAGAGAGACAGAAGGGACAGGGCGUGGUGUGGUAGGCAGGGCGUGGCCAAUCGUCGCUUGCUCGCUGCAGCUUCCCCUUCCGCCACCACUGCUCCUGCUGGCGGCUCUGGCAGCGCAGAGGCAGGCACCGGGGCCGCAUGGAGGGAGAUGGGGAUGGGCGAGGAGGGCGGGGCAGAGAAGGGAGACGCAUGGAGGGUGCGGGCGGGGGGCAGCAGUCAGUGGGACUAUGUGCUGCAGGAGAUGGCAUGGCUCGCCCUUGAUUUCCAACAGGUGCUGCCCUCCUCCUCCCCCGCCCACUCCCUCGCCCCUCCUACCACGUGCCCUCCCUCGCGGCUUGCCCCUCCUACCCCGUGCCCUCCCUCGCUUCACUGCUCGUCCGUGCUUCUCUUGCGCCUUUCUCGCUGUCUCUGCUGCACGUGCACACUCUCUGCUCUGCUGCUGCAUACUCCCCACUCUGCCCACACUCAUCCUUUCCCUCUCCUCGCUCCCAGUGCCCUUAUCUUGCCUGUACCCGGCAUUUCCAGCCCAACCUGUGUCCCCCACCCCUUCUUCAACCCAACUCCUUCCUGCGCUCCACCCCGCCCCACCCCACCCCACGGUGCAUGGGUGGCAGGAGCGGCUGUGGAAGCGAGCAGCAGCGAGCCACCUAGCCACGUGCGCGCAGAGGGCGAGGGGAAAGCAGGCGAUGGUGGCGGGGAGAGGAAGCGGAAGCAAGAGGAGGGGGCGUAUGGGGACGUGGUGGGGGCGCAUGGGGACGUGGUGGGGGCGCAUGGGGACGUGGUGGGGGCGCAUGGGGACGUGGUGGGGGCGCAUGGGGACGUGGUGGGGGCGCAUGGGGACGUGGUGGGGGCGCAUGGGGACGUGGUGGGGGCGCAUGGGGACGUGGUGGGGGCGCAUGGGGACGUGGUGGGGGCGCAUGGGGACGUGGUGGGGGCGCAUGGGGACGUGGUGGGGGCGCAUGGGGACGUGGUGGGGGCGCAUGGGGACGUGGUGGGGGCGCAUGGGGACGUGGUGGGGGCGCAUGGGGACGUGGUGGGGGCGCAUGGGGACGUGGUGGGGGCGCAUGGGGACGUGGUGGGGGCGCAUGGGGACGUGGUGGGGGCGCAUGGGGACGUGGUGGGGGCGCAUGGGGACGUGGUGGGGGCGCAUGGGGACGUGGUGGGGGCGCAUGGGGACGUGGUGGGGGCGCAUGGGGACGUGGUGGGGGCGCAUGGGGACGUGGUGGGGGCGCAUGGGGACGUGGUGGGGGCGCAUGGGGACGUGGUGGGGGCGCAUGGGGACGUGGUGGGGGCGCAUGGGGACGUGGUGGGGGCGCAUGGGGACGUGGUGGGGGCGCAUGGGGACGUGGUGGGGGCGCAUGGGGACGUGGUGGGGGCGCAUGGGGACGUGGUGGGGGCGCAUGGGGACGUGGUGGGGGCGCAUGGGGACGUGGUGGGGGCGCAUGGGGACGUGGUGGGGGCGCAUGGGGACGUGGUGGGGGCGCAUGGGGACGUGGUGGGGGCGCAUGGGGACGUGGUGGGGGCGCAUGGGGACGUGGUGGGGCGCAUGGGGACGUGGUGGGGGCGCAUGGGGACGUGGUGGGGGCGCAUGGGGACGUGGUGGGGGCGCAUGGGGACGUGGUGGGGGCGCAUGGGGACGUGGUGGGGAAGGGCGCGGGGAGAAAAGCGAGGGCUCAAGUGGAGGUGCCAGGGGGAGAGGCUGGCAGAGGGGCAGCGGAAAAAGGGGCAGAGGGGCGACGGGCGGAGGGGGAAGGGGGCAUGGAGGGAGGGGCAGAGGGUGGAGGGGGCGCAGCAGAGAGAGGGGCGACAGGCGCCACUCACCUUCCCCAUGCCACAGCCUGCCGUCACAGCCCUCGCGCUCUGCCUCAUGCCGCCCCUCCACUCCGCCCCUGUAAGGCCGCCUUACCCAUCUACAUUCCCUUCUCACCCCUAUCCACCCCUCUCGUUUCCUCCUGCUUCCUUUUUCAACCCCCUUUUCCCGCACCCCGUCCCUCUUCCCCCCACUUUACAGGACCACAUGACACUCCCCCCUGCCUCCUCCCCCGACCCCUUCCCCCUCCUCCUCCCAGACUUCCUGCUCUCCCCCUCCCCCUCUCACCCCCUCCCCUCACUCCACCCGUCCCCCUCCCCCCACAUCUUGUCCCAACCCCAUGCCUCAAUCCCCAUGCACGCUCCCUCCGCCUCACCCCUCCCUGCUGCCACCGCAGCCUCUGCUGGGGGCCCUGCUUCCAUUUCGGAUGGGCCAGUGGGGAUGGGCGGGCGGGCAGGGGUAGCUGUGAAGGAAGAGGGGUAUUUUGUUGGGGGAACGGAGAAACGGGGAGAGGACAAGGGGAGGGUGGACGGGGAGAGGGCAGGUGGGCAAGAGGUGGUGGGGGGAGCGAGCGGCACAAGGGAGGGGGAGGAGGGGGUGCUCGAGAGGGCGGUGGCGGUGGGGGUGCAGGGGCAGAAGCAGCAGCAGGGGGGUGUGAGUGCGGUGGUGCACAAGGGGCAGCAGGGAGUGGCGAGGCAGCAAGGGAAGAAGCAAUUGCAGGUGAGGCAGCGACCCCUCACACAGCUGCAGCAGGUUAAGGGGGGCGAGGCAAGGGGGGAGGGCGUGGGGGGGGAGAAAGAAGGGGAGGUGGAGGGGUGGGUGGAGGGGAGGAGGAGCGAUGGGGACUCUGGUGAGGCGAGUGCAAGGCUGGUGGUGGGGCAGCAGCAAGCAGGGCAGGCGGCAGGGGGUGCUGGGCGGCAUGGGUCAAUGGCAGGAGAUGGGGAGGGCGGGGAGAGGGGCGGGGUGAGUGUUGCAAGGGUGGGGGGUGAAGGUUCGGGUGAAGGGAUGCAGGGAAUGGGGGGUUUGCAGGCGGAGGGGGCACAGGAGGGGGGAAAGGUGCAGCAGGGGCAGGGCAGUGGUGCAGGGGGGGUAGUUGAGGCGGCACAGCAAGUAGGGAGCACAGGCGCGGGCAGAGGGGGGUUGGGCAGGGGAGGGUUGGGCAGAGGGCAAGGUAUGAAAGGCGUGGGGGCGAAGGGAGGGGGUGAGGGGCGAGGACGUGGAGCAGGGGCAGGGAGGGGGCUGGGUGGGACGAAGGUGGGUGGCAUGGGGAGGGGGGGCAAGGGGAAGCAGCAGGGGGAGGGGCGCGGGCAGAAGGGGAAGGCGUUGGGAGUGGGGGAGAGAGGGGGGGCUGGUGUGGAAGGGGAAGGGGCAAUGCAGCAGGGCGCAUGGGGUGGGAAGCAAGGGCAGGGCGUGGCCGCAAGGGAGGCUGCAUCAGCAGCGGGAGCAGCAGCAACGGGAGGGGGAGGGAAGGCGGGCAGCAAGGAUGGUGGCAUGUUGGCUGCGUCUCCCUCCGCUGACCUCUCUUCCCAGGACGUGGCGGGUGGGAGAGGCGAGAAAGAGGUGGAGGGGGGCGCGGAGCAGCAACGCAUGGGUGGUGGGGGGAUGGCCGGGGGGCAGAGGGGGGUGGGAGUUGCGAUGAGUGCUGAUGCGGGAGCAAGCAGUGUGGGUGGUGGUGGGGGUGGUGGUGAGGGAGGCAGUGUGUGCAGCCCAGCAGUGGGAGCAGCGGCGGCAACAACAGCAGCAGGGGAUGCUGUUGCUGUGGCUGGCAAGCAACGCCAGCGCCCAUCCGCUCACCGCAAGCCCAAGGGUCCUCCUGCUUCCCCAAAGGUCACAUUUGCGCCCUCUGCCAGCCCCGCCCUCCCUCCUCGCCUGGCUGCUUCUGCUCCCUCCGACGCCACUGCUGCUGCUGAUGGCGCGGCAUUGGCCACAGCCACUGGCUCUCAACCUGCUGCAAUAACACCCCUGCUGCACCCCCACACCCACGUGCUCGCUGGGGCGAGGAAGCAGGGGCAGGCAGAGGGGGGUGAAGUGGGGAGGCUGGAGACGGAUGGUAGAGAUGGGGAGGCGUGGGCGGAAUGCAUGGGGCGGGCCGGGGGCGAGGUGGGCGGCGGGAGGAGGGACGUGGUGGCGGGUGGCAUGGGCAGGGAGGGGAAGAAGAAAAUCAGCAAGCGACAGUCGUCCCCCCACCAUCUGCCCUCACCGCCAGGAGCGCACGCCCUGCCGCCCGCCGCCACCCCCUCGCAAGUGGAGGCAGCAGGCGCUCUCCCUCUGCCGCCGGCCCAUGGCGAUGUGCUGGGCGGGUCUCCGGGCAGCACUGACCUCGCUGCUGCACGCGCGCCUGGCAGCGAUGUUGCUGACGAUGCUGAUGGUGCCGAUGACGCCCUGCCAUGGUCUCCCAUGGAGGAGCAGGUGCUGGUGGCAGUGGUGAGCGACCUGGGCACCAACUGGCGCCUGGUCACUGAUGUGCUGCUCUCCAUCACGCACCUCACUGGCGUGUAUCGCAGUCCCAGUCAGUGUGAGCGCCGUCACAGCGCCCUCCUCUCCUCACCCCCUGUCCCCUCCUCUGCGCCCUCAAAGGAGAAGGGGCGGGGCGGGGGGCAGUGGGUGGGGGGCGAGGAGGACGUGUUGAGGGAGCACCGGCAGGCAGUGCUGACAAUCUUCUCCAAACGCCAUGCGCGCAUGCUGGCUUUGGAGGCACAGGAGUUGAAGCAGCAGGUGCAGCCACACGCCUCGCAUCUCCUCGUCCUUUCCAACGUCGCUGCCUCCUCACCCUCCGCACCCAUGCCGCCCAGCCCCUUGGAUCUCAGCAGCAGCCCCCCGCUCCCACCAGUCGACGCACCCACGCUCGCUCCCACUACUGCUGCUGCUGCCACAUAUGCUGCCUCGGGAGCCACACUGCCAGCUGUCACCAGUGCAAUGGCAUCAACAGCAGCGGCAGCAGCAGCGGCGGCAGUAGGGGUUGGCAGUGGUGCAGAGGGGGCAAGCGGUGCAGCAGUGGUAUCAGCACCGUGCACAAACAGUGUCUCGCCAUCAACCCAAACCCACACUCAUGUGCCCCCUCACUCGCUCUCCUCUCACGCUUCCCUCUCCUCCCUGCCACACUUCCCUUCCUUCUCCCCUACGCUCCCUCACCCAGCCUUCCAAUCCCCUUCACCUUCUCCCCACACCCCUCCCCUUCCCAGCAGACCCACUCCUCCUCCCACUCUCCCGCUCCCCCACUCCAUGCCCAUUGCCUCCCCGCCCUCUCUCUCCACCACCCCCCCUCCUCCUGUCACGGGACCCAUCCCCCAAGUCCCCUCAGCCCCCAUGCAAGUGUCCUCUGCUGCCACUGCUGCCCCUGCCAUGGCCUCACCCACACCUGCUGCGAUGACUGCUGCACGCACAGGCACUGCCACUGCACACUCUGCUUCUCCCUCCGCCCCUGCUGCCUCCCCCUCCCUCCAUGCAUCUUCCACUCUCCACACUGCCUCUGCUGCAGCUGCUCCCACUGCCAGUGCUCCGUAUGGUAACCAGUCGGCCAUGGGACACAGUAACCAGACGGGCAUGGUACAUGGUAACCAGACGGGCAUGGCACAUGGUAACCAGACGUCCAUGCCACAUGGUAACCAGACAACCAUGGCACACAGUCAUGGUGGGAGCAUGUCACAGGCCUCCAUGCAUGGCCAUGGCCGCUCAUCUCCCCAUGGGGUACCUCACGCCUAUGCACCUCCACACACCCAUCCACAUCCCCAUGCACACACAUACAGCCAUACAUACUCCCAUGCGCACACCCAUGCGCACACCCAUGCGCGCACCCAUCCCCACAUGCACGCCCACAUGCAGCAGUCGGCACUGCCAUUCCCCCAGACCCCUGCACACGCGCACCCGCAUGCCUCUGCCCUCCCACCAUCGACCACACCCCACGCUCCCCCAUCCACAACUGCCCAGCCACAUGCCCCCCCAAGGGCUCCUGCUUCCGGGGGCGUGGCGAAGGGGCUGGCAGCGCCAGGGGGGUCCGCAGGGGGACGCACCACAGGUGGCGGUGGGGGUCGGGGGGUCGGUGGGAGUGUGCAGGCGGGAAGAGGAAGGGGAGCGGAGGUGGUGGGAAUUGCAUCGUCGGGCAGCAAGGCAGCAGCGCCUCUCAGUGCCGCCGUGCCUGCCACUGCCACCGUGUGUGCCACUGCUGCCGUGCCGUCUACUGCUGCCCCGGCCACUGGCAACCGAACUGUGCCAUUGGCCUCUGCUGUCCCCUCCUCCCAGCAGCCUUCUGUCCCCUCCUCCCAGCAGCCUUCUGUCGCCUCCUCCCAGUCACCCAUGGGCCGUGGAAGCAGCGGUCAUGCGGCGAGUGCAGGAGGGGUGGGCAGAGGCAGGGGCGCGCCAGUCACAGGGCGUCCCCCACCGCGCGGCUCCCCCAUCAUCAACCGCACCUCCCUCCCCUUCCCCCGCGUGAAUUGCCCCCCUGCGCGCACCCUUAUCCCCUCUCCCCUUUUCUCCCUCAUCUCAUCAUCCCUCCACUUGUUCACUCAUCGCGACCCCCACCGAACUACCUCCUGCCCGCGUAGCGUCUCCACACCACCCAUCCCUGAAAUGGCGGGUGCUCUCGCCCUGCGCGUCCCCGUGGCGGCGGCAGUCGUGCCGGCCGCCGGCCUGAUUCAACCCGCUGUACACUCCCUAAGGCGCGCCGCACUCGUGCCGCUGCGUGUACGUCAAGCGGCCUCACUCGCCGCGCAGCAGCAGGCGAAGCGCGGUGCCGUAGUAGCGCCGCGCAACGUGGCAAUGGCUGAUUCGCUGACGGCGGAGGAGGAGGGCGCGGCGCGGCAGUCGUACCCGGCGGGCGUGCAUCGGUACGAGGCGAUGGUGGUGCUGCGACCCGACCUCACGGAGGACGAACGCGUCGCGCUCACCGAGCGAUACGAAGAGUUUCUCGUGGCGGGCGGCGCACUGGACGUGGAGAUCUUCAACCGCGGCAUGCAGCCGUUGGCGUAUAGCAUAAAGACAAAGAACAUGGGCGGUGUGAUGAGCCGCUACCUGGACGGCAUCUUCUUCCUCUUCAUCUUUGCUGCGCGCUCCGAAGCGCAGGUGAAUCUGCAGCAGCGGCUCAACCGCGACGAUGACGUCAUCCGCUCCACCACCUUCCGCCUCAAGGCGUGA